CGAUUUCCGUUGCCCCACAAAUUAUAAACAAACCAAUUUUGAAUUUUUAAAAGGAAUCGUUAAAAAGGACACCCCAUCGCAAUCCAGAUGGACAUCUUCGAGAGCUUCUGCCGGACGUGCGGCAACGAGUGCCCGGAGUCGGUGGGCAUCUACGAGGAGAGCGUGCGGGCGCUGGACAAGAUGGUGCCCCUGGCGGAGAUGCUGGCCGCCUGUCUGCCCGCCUCCCUGCCGCCGAUGGACCCAGGCGACGACUAUCCCAAGCAGAUCUGCCGGAUCUGCGUGAAGAAGCUGUCGCUGGCCUACGAGUUCAGCCACCAGUGGCUGGGCGCCCACGCCGAGUUCAACGUGGCGUUGAAGUUCGAGCAGCGCAGGAAGCGCAGCCUGGCGAGGAUUACCCAGUCGCAGGCGCAGUCGCAGUCCCAGUUGCAGCAAUCCCAGCCGCAGGACGAGGAGCAGCUGCCCACCGAGGCACCGGCAACGGAUGUGGAGCCCCUGAAAGCUGCUCCUGCGAGCGUCGCCACCACCACGAGCAGCAGCGAAACCAGGCUGGGCUUCAGGUGCGGCAUCUGCAACGAGAGCUUCCACACGGAGAAGGCCUGCAAGUUCCACUUCAAGUUCUCGCACAAGGAUCUUUAGUC